GUGUUUACCUUAGCAACAGCACACCAGGGAAACCGUUUAUUGAGCCGAAUAAAACAAAUGUAGAUUAAAGCAACAAGAAAUACACUAGAAAAGGUACACCGUCCGUAAAAAACUAGCAAAGCUGUUUAUUUAUCAACAGGAGAAGGUAGGAAGCUGUAAAAAUGUCUUCGACACAACAAAACGAGGCAGGAUCGAAGCCGAGCACUCCACCAACAGAAGGUUCUGCACCGAUCAGUACGAAAGAAAACGAAUUUAUCAAAGCCAAAUCUUAUCUUCUCACAGCAAGCACGAACACAGGAAUAAAUCUCUAUGAUCAUUUAUCUCGAGUUUUAACAAGAGUUUUAGAUGAGAGACCUGAUAAUGUUGCUGAUGUUAUUGAAGAUAUUAGCAAAGAUACGAAAAGAUCUAAAUUUACAUCCGAUACGGACACAGUUCAAGAUAAACUUGAUAAAUCUACAGAAGUAGCACUAGCCCAGUUACAGAAAAAACUUUUCUCAAAAGGUGAAGGAGAAGAAGAUGAAGCUCAGCCAGAUGAAGAAGUAGAGACACCAUUACCUAAUUUAAUGGAAUUAUGUUUUUAUUUUGAACAAGCUGCUAUUGGUUUGAAUAGAGAGGAAGUUAUCAGAGUUUGGUUAGCGUUGAAAAAUCUUGUAGAUAAUCAUCCAUUACAACAUGUGCGAUUUUGGGGCAAGAUUUUAGGAACAGAACAGAAUUACUACGUAGCAGAAGUUGAAUAUCGUGAGGGGGAUGAAGAAGAGGAGGAAGAAGAAGAGGAAGAACCAAAUGAGGAAGAUUCUACUGAAAAAGAUGAGGCUGAUGAAGGCGAAGAAGAGGAAACAGAAGAAGAUGAUUUCCCUAAACCAGAAUUUAAAGCACCUGCCUCACCACCUAAAGAAGAUAAUAGAACGGGUGUCAAUAAAAAAACGUAUUUCGUCUGUAAUGAACCUGGUAAACCAUGGAUUAAACUGCCAGCCGUUACACCAACUCAAAUAUCUGGUGCCAGAAAAAUAAAAAAAUUCUUCACAGGUCGAUUAGAUGCUCCGGUUGUAUGUUAUCCACCAUUUAUUGGUAAUGAAUCUAAUUAUCUCCGAGCCCAGAUUGCCCGUAUUAGCGCCGGAACCCACAUCUCACCUCUAGGUUUCUAUCAGUUUGAUGAAGAAGAGGAGGAAGAAGAAGAAGGAGAAGCUCGUGAUCAUUUUGUAGAGAAUUUAGACUUUGAGGGUAUUUCUGUUCGUGAUUUAGUUGACCCUCUUUUGACCAACUGGGUUCAUCAUGUUCAACACAUUCUACCACAGGGUCGAUGCACCUGGUGGAAUCCAGUCCAGAAAUCUGAGGAUGAUUACGAGGAUGAAGAUGAAGAAGAGGAAAGAGAAGAACCAGAUGAACCCGAACCCGAGGUCGGACCACCACUUCUCACACCCAUUGCUGAGGAUGACGAGAUCGGCGGCAUGUCACCAUGGACACCCAAACUCUCCUCUAAUCUUAUUCCACAAUAUUCUAUCUCCGUGAUGCACUCGAACUUGUGGCCAGGAGCUCAUGCAUUUGCCAUUGAAAAGAAAUUCGAGAACAUUUACAUUGGCUACGGACACAAAUAUGCUCAGGAUACCUUCAGUCCAGUUCCACCUCCCCCCGUUCAGGAAGAAUUCCCCAGUGGACCAGAAAUUACAGAAUACGAAGAUCCCACACCCGAAGAAGAGGCCGCGUUACGAGCUGCACAACAGGAAGCUGCCGAAGCCGCAGAGGAAAUGGAAGACGCAGAAGAAGAAGAAGACGAAGAGGAUAAUUAAAAAGGGGGAUUUGGAUUGAGCAGCAUCUUUGAUCAGUCAUUUAAAUUUCAUCCAUUUGCCUUUCAUAUCAACUUUGUAAUAAUUUUGAGGACAAUUUUUGUUUUAAAGCAAUUGAUAAGGAAAUAUUGUACAUAACAUGACAGAAAUAAUUCAAAGAUAUUUUAAUUUUUAUAUAAAUUUAAAUACUUUCUUGUAAAAUUUGGAUUCAGGGUUUGUUUUAAUUCUUAUAUUUAAAUCCGACAGCAUUAUUAUCUGUUGAAGCAUUAUCUCUUUGUAAAUAUUGAAAUAUUUAUUGUAUAUAUACAGUCGUUGCAAAUGAAACUUGUAAUAUUUAUUCUAAUGACUGUAUUCUUUACGUACUUCCCAACUAAACUCGAAAAUGUCGAACUCAUUCAGAACUCGCAUUCAUGAUAACGUAAACAAAGAUGUUUUAAAGAAGCAGUUUUUUCAUUGGUUGAUAAUUUAAUUACUAGGUUAAAUUUAGCUUUUGGCCAAUGAAAAGACUGCUUUCAUAAAUUAUUUCUUUUGGAACAAGGCUCCUAAAAGGAAAUUUUAUGCUCAGGAUUGGGACAGAUCUUAACAUGUUUUUGUCAGAGAAAUAAAAUCGUUCAUUUGUAUGAAACUAACUGGUCUGUGAUACGUGGUAGACAUUGUUUCAUUAUCAGAGUGUAUAAUAUAUAAUAGGUUAUUUAUUGUCAAAUAAAAUAAAAAAUGUACAAUUUUAUAGUCA